UCGAGAGGGUGUCAUUUCUAAUAUAAACUGACAAUUUUUCAAAUCGAUAAGUAUUAAUUUUUUGCUCUUCGAUCGGCGGUAUCACGAUAUGUCAAUUAUUUACACUCGUACAUACGAUAUCGGCGUAAAGAAAACUGCUUACGAAAUUAUUCGCGUUGAAAAUGAAAUUUUUCAUAGUGUUAAUAUGUCUAUUUCAAAGCUCGCUCGGAGCUAUAGACAGGAAUUGGUGGAAAAAAGCAACCUUAUACCAAGUGCUUCUGCCAUCAUUUAAGGAUAGCGAUGGAGAUGGUAUCGGUGACUUUAACGGUCUAAACUGGAGACUCGAUUAUCUUAAGGAUCUUGGAAUCGACACGGUCAUGAUAACACCUCAUUUUUCUACUCCAAAUUUGAAUUGCGCCGGUUACGAUGUCACAGAUUUUAAGCAAGUGAACCAUCUAUUUGGAACAAUGAACGAUUUCGAUCGUCUGGUCAGCGAAAUGAGAAAUAAAGGCUUGAAGUUGAUAAUAGACAUGGUGAUAAAUCACAGCAGUGAUCAACAUCCUUGGUUUAGCAACUCAGUGAAGAGAAUAGAUCCUUAUACCGAUUACUACAUUUGGAAAGACCCUAAAGGUUACGACCACAAUGGAAAUCCUAUAGUACCGAAUAACUGGCAAUGUAUAAUGGGAGGAAGUGCUUGGAAAUGGCACCCAGAUCGAAGGCAAUUCUACCUUCAUCAAUUUAUCGAACAAAUGCCUGACUUAAAUCUACGUAAUGAUUUAGUUAUAUACGAAUUCAAGAAAAUAUUCGAAUUUUGGUCCGACAAAGGGGUCGCCGGGUUUAGACUCGAUGCAGCUGAGCAUUUCAUAGAAGAUCACUACUUUCGCAACGAACCAUUUAGCAAUCCUUCAACACAAGAACUUCGAGGCCGAGGCGAUCAAUCGAAUAUAUUCACACAACUGUUAUCCGAGUCGAUGGACGUCAUACAUGAAUUGAGAACCCAAACUGAUUUAUUAACAGAAAAAAGUGCAGAUUAUGAAAGAAUUUUGAUACCCGAGACACACAGUCGAGGUAGAGAACUGUACCAAUACUACGGAUCAGAAAAAUACAGAAUUGUUCAUUUCCCUUUCAAUUAUAUGUUAACUUACUCAUCUAAUUACGAAACCGCUCACUAUUAUCGAAACGUAAUCGAUGAUUACUUGAACUGUUUACCUGAAGGAGGAAUUGCCAAUUGGGACUCAGAAAACCAAGAUAUUCCCAGGAGAGCAGAGGUAUUCAACGAAGAAUACGAAUAUAUUUUGACCUCGAUGGUUUUAUUGCUACCCGGAGUAGCAGUCAUUUAUUACGGACAAGAGUUGGGACUCACUGGAUGGCACUUUCCGGGUAGAAAUGUGGAUUCUUUCAGACUUCCAAUGCAAUGGGACGACAGCACGAGUGCAGGAUUUUCCACUAAUUCCGAACCAUAUUUACCGGUGAGUGAGAAUUACCGCGAUGUCAAUGUACAGAAACAAAAGUACGAUGAAAAUAGUCAUUACAAUAAAGUGAGGAAAAUGAUAUCUUGGAGGAAAACCGAUGCUUUUAAAUAUGGCAGCUUUAAAUCUUACGUGCUUUCUACUUGGGUUUAUUCUUUUACAAGGCGACUCAAUAAUGAAAUUUAUUUGGUUAUAUUCAAUUUGGGAAAAACUGAUACGGAAUAUAUUGACUUGAAACAUUUUAUCGAAAAUUUGCCAGACCAAAUGGUGAUAAAAUUAGCCAGUCGUAAUUCAGAUUAUAACACGAAUAAUGAAAUAAACACAAAUCAAAAAUUCAAAGUGAAGCCCCAAGUAGCGGUGGUACUUUAUCCAAAAUGGAUUUAAGGCGUUACUCGAUUAAUUCUGUGAAUUUUUCUUCGUGUUUUUUUUCACAAUACAAGACACAAUAUCAUAAAAGGUUUAAAAUAAUCGAUUACCUAUGUAGUAUGUAAUUUUGUACGAUUAAAUUUCAAGAAACAAGUUUUAUUCUAUGUACAUGUAAAUCGAUUAAUGAAUGGAUGGAUGUGAAUUGUCAAUAAUAGAUGAUGUAUUUUUACAGCAUUAAAAAUAGUUUCAUUUCAGUUUUGUAUAGUUUUUAGAACCCAUGUACCAA